GAAAAUAAACAGAAAAGGCAAAUCACCGCGUUUUGGAGGGGUGUGACACGAAAGAAAGGCAAGACCAUCAAGAUUGUUGUUUAUAUUUUAGAAAUUGGGUAACCACCGUACGUAUCAAAGCUUCAAUCUUGAUGGCUUCGUAUGAACAAGAAGGAAGGCCACUACCCAAGUUCGGGGAAUGGGAUGUUAAUGAUCCUGCCUCAGCUGAAGGAUUCACUGUUAUAUUCAACAAGGCCAGAGAUGAUAAAAAAACUGGAGCAGGAUCCGUACGUGUUCAAUCCCAGCGAAGAAAUAAUUCGCGCAAGGAAGAGGAUAAAUCUGCCAAGGCUCAGAAGAAGUGGUUUUGCUUUAAACCCUAAACGAGGAUAAGAAUGUGUUUGUCGCUGCUUGGGACGUAUGUUGAUUCUCUUCAGUUUUCUUCUGAGGCCUCAUCUGUCUCCAGACCACGGAUUAGAGAUAAAAGAAAAAGAAAAGACAUAGUUGCAGUCUGCUCACUAUUGUAGCUUCUAGUUGUUCACAUGUUUCCCCUUUGUACGCACCGGGACAAACUAUAAUAUGUAAAUAUAAGGAUAAAAAACUACCUUUUGCAAUGACAAAUUAAGCAGAUAUGUCUGCUCUUCUUACUUU